GUAUACAUUAGCUGAAGCCAGUACCUCAAUUGCUAAAUUUGAGGAUGAUAGUGUAGAUGAUGAGACAGCAGCCGAUACAUUUGAGGAUGAAAUUGUGGAUCAUGAGACAGUAUUCAAUACCUCAAUUUCAAUUUCUGAAUUGGAGACUGAAAUUGUGGAAGAGUCACUGGCCUCAGAAAAUGACUGGGGCUCCCAAGUCUCCAGGACCUAUGAAGCCUUGAAGUAUGGCUCUUUUAUUACGGAAAUAGGCCCCUUGAAUGUGAAUGCUGCUUUCGCAUUUGCAGGGACUACCCCUUUCAUCACUCUCAGUUACUACCUAGCUGAGAAGUUGAAGAAUUUUGUACAAAAAGAUGCCAGAUUUCACCACUGGGUUGAAAAAUAUUCAUCCAAGCAUUAUCAGGCACAUUAUAUCCGUACGGAGAGGGUGCUCAAUCAUCUAUGCCGCUCUUUGACCAGUGAUGCCCGCCUUCAGUUUGUUGAAUCGCGAUAUAGAAGUUCCAUGGAAUUGGCAGUAGCCUUUUUCAGCCGGCAAGUCAUUGUUGAUCAAUUCCCCAUAGUUCCUGUAAUCAAGGACGAGUUUGAUACUAGAAGAGAGCUCCUCCUUAUUGCCUGUGGGUUGAGUUUCUCCUGCUGUGAUUCUUACACCAAAGAUUUGAUGAAGGAAAUACCUAUUGUAAGGGUGGGAUUUGUACAUAAAAAUGUACAGGAAGUCUUAUCUCAAUUUGCAGAUUUUGAAAUAAAAUUGGACGUUUUCAAUGAGAUUUCUAAGAAGACUAAGAAGAAGAAACUGUUGAGGAUAUUUGUUGGAAGCUCGGUUGGUGACCUCGGCCCUCUUCUGGAAGCAGAAAUAGGGAUUGUCAUCAAUCCUUGCGAUCACCUUUUGGCGGUAGGCCAUCAAUUUGGGGUGACUUUUAUGCCACUGUUGUGGGCAGUCAUUCAAAAAAGCACACAAAUGCGAGAAGGAAUAGGGUCCCUUUGGAAAUCAAAGACUGGGACCCUUUAUCUUGUCAACAGUUGGCAUGAGAUAAUCAUGUUUAUCUUUGGAGCUUGUGGUGCUAGGAAUGAGAAGCCACCUCGUGGCGAUAUUCUUGUACCUAAGUCUGCAAAGACAUCUUCUGCUUCUAAACUUUGGGCACUUUUGCCGAAGCCAAAGAAUGUUGGUGUUGAGAUGCCAAAGCCAAAGAGUGCUGCAAAGCUACCUGAAGCUGAGGCUGAAGCUGAGACUGAAACUGAGACUAAAGCUGACACUGAAGCUGAGACUCCAAAGACAUCUUCUGCUUCUAAACUUUGGGCACUUUUGCCGAAGCCAAAGAAUGUUGGUGUUGAGAUGCCAAAGACAAAGAGUGCUGCAAAGCUACCUGAAGCUGAGGCUGAAGCUGAGACUGCCGAAGCUGAGACUGAAACUGAGACUAAAGCUGACACUGAAGCUGAGACUCCAAAGACAUCUUCUGCUUCUAAACUUUGGGCACUUUUGCCGAAGCCAAAGAAUGUUGGUGUUGAGAUGCCAAAGCCAGAGAGUGCUGCAAAGCUACCUGAAGCUGAGGCUGAAGCUGAGACUGCCGAAGCUGAGACUGAAACUGAGACUAAAGCUGACACUGAAGCUGAGACUGCUGAAGCGGAGAAGCAGCAAGAUGACCAACUAGAUAGAGAAAACUAUUGAUGAGUUGUACAGACUUUCAUCCUUGGUUUUCUUUUCCAUAUUCUUGUUGAACCCUGAGUAACAAUGAACAUACAAGCAUUGUUGAGAAAAAUCUCUUUUGGUAUUGAUUUUCUCCAACAUAUUAUUCGUUUCCAAGUAAAAAGG